AUGUGGAUUAUUGAUUGGUGUAUGUGCCCGACCUCUUCCGUCCUCCCUUCGGCCUCCAUCACCACGAGCUGCAGCAAUCAUUUGCGCGCCUGCCUCCGCCGGCCGCUGCAGCUUGUGGCCAAGCAACCCAUCCCUGUCUACAACGUUCUCUCGAGCCUUGGUCUGCUCAACAAGCACGCCAAGCUCCUCUUCCUCGGUCUCGACAAUGCCGGCAAGACGACGCUGCUGCACAUGCUGAAGAACGACCGUGUCGCCAUUCUCCAGCCCACUCUUCACCCCACUUCCGAGGAGCUUGCCAUCGGCAACGUGCGCUUUACCACCUUCGACCUGGGUGGUCACCAGCAGGCCCGUCGUCUCUGGAAGGACUACUUCCCCGAAGUCAACGGCAUCGUCUUCCUCGUCGACGCCAAGGACCACGAGCGAUUCCCCGAGGCCAAGGCCGAGCUCGAUGCCCUCCUGUCCAUGGAGGAGUUGGCCAAGGUCCCCUUUGUCAUCCUCGGCAACAAGAUUGACCACCCCGACGCCAUCUCUGAGGAGGAGCUGCGUCACCAGCUCGGCAUGUACCAGACAACUGGCAAGGGCAAGGUCCCUCUGGAGGGGAUCCGGCCGAUCGAGGUCUUCAUGUGCUCGGUUGUUCUGAGACAAGGUGCGUAG